CAUUUUUCUGCCUUUCAGUCAGACACGAUUGUAUUAGUUUUCCUAACCUCAUUUAUCAUAGUUGGAUGCGGUACGUGCUCGAAGGACAAAUCAACAACGAUUUACAGUUGUUAAAUGCAUUUGUGCAAUGUGACGAGUUUUCGGCUUGAAGGAAAGAGUGUUACGCUGAAUAAUUUGCGUGCGAGAUUACGUAAUUAUAGAAAUUUGUAAAAUGCAUCGUACGUCAGCAACUUAAAUUACAGUUUACCUGUACUCUGACAAUAGUAAAAGAUUUGCAAAAAGGGGAAGAAAGAGAGAGAAAUGUCUAAGUAAAAUAAAAAUUAUAAUAAAUAUAAAUUAUGGAGAACACUCAAUCAUUGUAUAUCAGCCUCUUCAAUGAGGAGAAGAGCGAUGUCUUAAAAGAGUUGCUCCAUGCGUGUGUUGACGAAAUUUGCGGCCGACCAGGACCGUCCUAUCGUAAAUUCAUCAACAGCAUGGAUUGGAGCAGAGCGGAGUAUGAAGGGGUUUAUAAACUAAUAUCAACAUUAUUGAGGAAUCCCGCCUCUCUACACAUGGUGGAUGAAAAGAUGCCGCAAGAAUACCACGAAUUGCCCGAGCAAGUGCAACAUAAUGUUCUUACUUGCUUAAAAGUACGCAGGGAACAUUUGACAAAUGCUUUAUUGAGAGAACAUUAUAAGAGGAAACUACCAACUCUAACAGAUUUCGACUGGAGAUUGAAGUUGGUGAUGGGAUCGAGCAAGAUGUCUUCAUUGCGAGAAUCUCUCCUUCAGUUGGAUCUCAUAGUCGAGGACGUGGAAUCUCGACGGAUAAUAAAUUUGGAAUUGAGUAAGGACGAGUUGGAAACAGUGAUAAACGCUUUAGAAGCGUCGGUGUGAGACAGAAUUUUUUUGUACAUAUAUAUAAUAUUCAUGCCAAAAGAAAAAAACGUUUUAUAUAUACAUUCCUAUAUUAUUUAAUGCCGUAUGUAUUAAGUUAUGAUAUGUACAGGACAGGUGUCGCAAUAAAAUAAUGACUCGUCACUGUACACUUGUUUCACAGUUUAUUAUAGGUUAUAGAUAAAUGUAGAAUAGUUUAGUUACUAUUAUAACUGCUGAUCGAAGAUACUGGAGACUGUACUUUCGCGUCUGAGGCGGCUUCGAUCCAAAAGUCUCAUUCACAAUUUUGUAGUCGCCUGCGCAAAAUAAAUAAACGAGCGAGGUUUGCCUCGACGGCGCCUCAGAGUGUCGAUGACGAUCGUUAUAGAAAGGUGUUGUGGGUGCACAGAUAUCAGUCUCGCGUCGCUCGCGAAAAAACGAAUUUCGUUUAGAAGUAUGCUCUCAUCGCCAAAAACGCGUCGUCAUCAAGAAGACGAUGUAAUUUUUCGUUGUAAAGAUGAUUGCGGACAGAU